AGCUACAAAUUACGAUUGCAGGCCAACCCCUCCAUUUCACGUCAUGUCGAUGAGACUCAGCCGUCCGCUGGCAUCUGCCGCAAGGAAGGGAAGCCUUUGCUUUCUUACCCCGGCAACCCGUAAAGCUGCCAACCUGGCGGCGGGGAGUGAUGUUCCAAACAUGAGGUUUGCGAAACGACCGCCUAUGGAGACAAUAAAUUCCCCGGUCGAAAACCCCGUCGAUAAAUAUGCGUCGAGAUCCGAGGCUAUGCACAAGUAUGGUGCCUACGUCUUGUCGUGCCUGCCAAAAUACGUGCAGCAAUACAGCGUCUGGAAGGAUGAGCUCACAAUCUACAUUCCUCCUUCCGGAGUGAUCCCAGUCAUUACUUUUCUUAAGAACCACACUGCGGCGGAAUUCACCACGAUUUCUGAUAUCACGGCUGUCGAUUUCCCUAGCCGUGAUCAAAGAUUCGAGGUCGUCUAUAACCUUCUGAGCGUCCGACACAACUCGCGGAUACGCGUCAAGACCUAUGCCGACGAGGCGCAGCCUGUACCAUCUAUUACCAGUCUCUACGACGGUGCCAACUGGUAUGAGCGUGAGGUCUACGACAUGUUUGGAGUCUUCUUCGUUGGACACCCUGAUCUCCGCCGCAUUAUGACCGACUAUGGAUUUGAUGGUCACCCAUUGAGAAAGGAUUUCCCGCUUACGGGCUAUACCGAGAUUCGAUACGACGAGGAGAAGAAGCGGGUUGUUGUUGAGCCACUUGAGUUGACCCAGGCCUUCAGAAACUUUGAUGGUGGAAGCAGCACAUGGGAGCAAGUUGGAACCGGUAUUGAUCAGAAGCCAGAGUCGUUUAAACUCCCAACACCGAAGCCAGAGGAGAAGAUGGAGGAGCCUAAGAAAUAGAGGGAAACAGACUAAGUGUACAUAUUGUCAAUAAUAGACGUCAGAGAGCCUUCAUGCAGCAAUGGAAGAUUACAGCUAAUGCGUGUCACGUUGUUCUCCUUUGGAUCACUACGAGCGCAAGGUUUACCAUUUCUUUUUUACAUUUUCGAAUCCAUUUAGUUUUCCACAAUUGAGUCA